AUGAGGCGCACGUCGGUCUCCUUGCCGACUAAGCACGUAGCUCACGAUCCCCACGAGAAGCCCGACCGCUACCGCCGCGACCAGCACAAUCAGGAACCGGCCAGCGUCUUCAUCAGGAUGCAGAACGCUUGGAUGUCGCAGUCGCAGAAGGCGCGCUAUCUGAAGACGGGUGCAAUCGUCUUUGCCGUCCUCUUCCUCUUCUACCUCUUCUCCCCAUCAGGCGUCGAGAUCCCCGGUGGAGCCCCUCAAAACAACAACCAGGGUCAAGUACCCUCCGACUCGUCCUAUGGCACCGACCGAUGCACAAGAUCCUUCUCCAAGGAGAAGCCCAUCGUGCAAUAUGUUUCCAUGAUCGACGCCGGCAGCACUGGUUCCCGUAUCCAUGUCUACAAGUUCAACAACUGCGGCCCCGCCCCCGAGCUGGAGGGAGAGGUUCUCUUCAAGAUGACCGCCAAGAUUGAGGGCCAGAGCAGCGGGCUGAGCGCGUAUAAGGACGAUCCUCUGGCCGCCGCCACGAGUCUGGACCCCCUGAUGCAGGCUGCCCUCGAGGUUAUUCCCGACAAGCUCAAGGCCUGCAGUCCCGUCGCCGUCAAGGCCACCGCCGGUUUACGCCUGAUUGGUCCUGAGAAGAGCCAGAAGAUCCUCGAUGCGGUCCGCGAGCACCUCGAGAACGAAUACCCAUUCCCCGUGGUUUCCAAGGAGGAGAACGGCGUCGCCAUGAUGGACGGUGCCGACGAGGGUGUCUACGCCUGGAUCACUGUCAACUACCUCCUCGGCAAGAUUGGCGGCCCUGACCACAGCCCUACCGCUGCCGUCUUCGAUCUCGGCGGCGGUUCCACCCAGAUCGUGUUCGAGCCCACCUUCGAGGGUCUCUCCGGCGGCGGCAUGCCCCAGAAGCUGGCCGACGGCGACCACAAGUACGAGCUCGACUUUGGCGGCCGCAAGUUCGACCUGUACCAGCACUCGCAUCUGGGCUACGGCCUCAUGUCUGCCCGCGACGCCAUCUUCGCUACUCUCGUCAACGACCUCUUCGAGCUUAACAAGCAGGACAAGUCGUGGAUGCAGAAGCCCGUCAUCAACCCCUGCUUCUCGACCGGCAUGACCAAGGCCGUCAAGGUUCCCCUCGGCGACAACCACCCUCUCGGCCCCAAGGUCGAGCUCAACAUGACCGGCCCCUCGACCCCGGCUCCCGCCUUGUGCCGCAGCCUGGCCGAGCGCAUCCUUGAGAAGGACGCCGAGUGCAAGCUCGCGCCCUGCUCGUUCAACGGUGUCCACCAGCCGCAGAUCGCCAAGACCUUUGCCCGCGAGGACAUUUUCCUCCUGUCCUACUUCACCGACCGCACCCAGCCUCUCGGCAUGCCCGAGUCCUUCACCCUCCGCGAGAUGCACGACCUGGCCGCCCAGGUGUGCGGCGGCGAGCAGAGCUGGGAUAUCUUCACCAGCGUCCCCGGUGCGCUGGAGGAGAUCAGCGAUAGGCCCGAGCACUGCAUGGAUCUCAACUUCAUGCUUGCGCUUACGCAUACCGGUUACGAGAUGCCGAUUGAUCGCGAGGUCAGGAUUGCGAAAAAGAUUAAGGAUAACGAGUUGGGCUGGUGCCUUGGUGCUAGCUUGCCAUUGCUCUCCCAGUCCUCCGGCUGGAAGUGCAAGAUUAAGGAGAUCCACUAA